AUGGCUAGUCACAUAUCGUCGCAGACAAAGGAUGGGCGGGCUCUUACAAAUGAAGACUUCCCACCCGGUGAUAUCUACUAUCUUCAAACGUUUCCCACCGAGCUCUUGAUCAAAAUAUACUGCCAACUUGGGUCUUUCUCGACUGUAUACCGGCUGGGCGCAACAUGUCGUCGUCUUCAGUCUGUAUGGGCAGAGAAUACCAAUAUCAUUUACAAGAGCAUUGCACCCUUGGAGAUAAGGUGCCAUCGCCAUGCGCGGAAUCUACUCGCAGACCAGGGCGGGUCAGCCCCUGAUGCUCCGGUGUCAGUCUGGGAUGUCCAGCGGUUAACGCGCAAUGUGUGCAACGUGAAUCGAACAAUGAAGGUCUUUGACGAUGAGGUAGCUUGUCAUGUAUCCAAACACAGUAUAUCCCCUGAUCCCGUAACGUGGGGGCGCAGGACUCGUCCACAGCAUCUGACAGACACGGAGCGUCGUCGUUUCAUCCGUGCGUAUUAUCAGAUGUGGGGAGUCCUGAUUCUGGAACUGGAGAAACAAAAUGACCGAAUGGAUUCAAUUUCUCUGAAAGACCUUGCGGUUAUGGUGGAUUUAACGGAGCCAUGGUCCUGGAUCAGACCAAAUGUCAAGAUUGGUGACGAGUCUAUACUAGAACGCGACCCGGAAGAACGAAAUUCUUUACACGAACGACUUCAUCUUGUCCUCAUGGAGGUGUAG